AUGUUUUGCAGCCUGACAGCUUUGUCCACAUCAAUGCUUUGUGAAGCUGCUGUCGAUGAGCGAAUCGUCUGUCCACUGCUCACUUAUUUGCUGCGGGCAAUUGCGGUAAAUAUGAAUGCACAAUUUUUAAAUGACGAGUUCCUGGAUCAUUUGGAUUUCGCUACCGGAGAUGAUCGUGGCUGGCUUGUAAAAGCAAUGCUAAAUCAAUUAUCCAGAGACUGUGCUGCCUAUCAAUGCGUGAGUUCUUCUAACUCAGAAUCGCUCGUUAAACGGCAUGAACUGGUUGGUUUCAAGUAUUUACAGCGCAAUGAUCGAGUGUGGAUCAGUUUACGAAGGAGUUUCUUUGAACUCUGGGAUUAUGCCCCGCAGGAUGUGCGUACAAUAGCUGCUCUGGCAUUUAUGGGACCGCGAGGUGUAAGCAGUAUUAUGCGGAUCAAAAUGUAUUCUAUUGUUAAAGUUAUUCCGGCUAUCGAGCUCGAUUUGCUGGCUGAUUGGAUUUAUGAGCAGCUCAGCGAUGAAAAUCAGAACAUUCCUGCAUUGGAUGCUUACUUUGCAAAUCGGGCGAUUUAUGAAUAUCGAGUUCAUCGAACGAAUCGAAAUGAUGGGAAGCAGGAUCAAGUGACGCUAUAUUGUAAAGGUUGCAGACGGAUGGUACAUAAUGUUUCCAGCACGCCAACCAUCUUUUACCAUGCAGAAAAUCCCGGAGUUAUCAGGCAGGAGGUUUGCCUGAGGAUUUCAUCUGCUUUUAUCGAUUCGCUGGAAGUUACGCAUGGAUUUUUCACGGGUUUUACCACCAAGGACGCGCUGUUCCGACUUCUUCCGAAUACAACCAUCCACGGUGUUCGCUUGGUGGAUCGCAUUGCAGUAAGCACAUAUGCAGCACAUUUCGUCCUCACAAAUGUAAUUCUUUUUCUUCGAAAAUUUGUUUCUUUUCGUGGUUUUUAUCUUUUUUGGUACUCAUAA